CGAUGGCGUACGACGAGCGGCUGGCCCGCUUCCGCCAGGCCCACCUCAACCCCUUCAACAAGGCCCCCGAGCAGCAGGAGCACCCCGACGGGGGGACCCCCGCCCCAGGAGGUCCCAGCCCCCCCAUGGCACUCACUCACCCCAUUGCAGCCCGGCGGCCGGAUCCGUCCCCGGGGGACCCCGAGGGUGCCCUGGACCUGGGCCUGGCCGAGGACCACUUCUCCCGCCCCGUGGGCCUGAUCCUGGCGUCGGACGUGCAGCAGCUAUGCCAGGCCAUCGAGGAGUGCAAGCGGGCGAUCCUGGCGCUGCCCGAGCACUCGGAGCGGCAGAAGGACGCGGUGGUGCGGCUCAUCCAUCUCCGCCUCAAGCUGCAGGAGCUGAAGGACCCUGGCGAGGACGAGCCCAACAUCCGUGUGGUCCUGGAGCAUCGUUUCUACAAGGAGAAGAGCAAGAGCGUGAAGCAGACGUGCGACAAGUGCAGCACCAUCAUCUGGGGCCUCAUCCAGACCUGGUACACCUGCACAGGCUGCUACUACCGGUGCCACAGCAAGUGCCUGCCGCUGGUGAGCAAGCCCUGCGUGCGGGCCAAGGUCAGUCACCAGGCCGAGUACCAGCUCAGCAUCUGCCCCGAGAGCGGGCUGGACAGCCAGGACUACCGCUGCGCCGAGUGCCGUGCCCCCGUCUCCCUCCGGGGGGUGCCCAGCGAGGCCCGGCAGUGCGACUACACCGGCCUCUACUACUGUAGCAGCUGCCACUGGAACGACCUGGCCGUCGUGCCCGCCCGCGCCAUCCACAACUGGGACUUCGAACCCCGCAAGGUGUCGCGCUGUAGCAUGCGGUAUCUGGCGCUGAUGGUGUCGCGGCCCGUGCUGAAGCUGCGGGAGAUCAACCCGCUGCUCUUCAACUACGUGGAGGAGCUGGUGGAGAUCCGGAAGCUGCGCCAGGACAUCCUGCUGAUGAAGCCCUACUUCAUCACCUGCAAGGAGGCGAUGGAGGCACGGCUGCUGCUGCAGCUGCAGGACCGGCAGCACUUUGUGGAGAACGACGAGAUGUACUCGCUGCAGGACCUGAUCGACAUCGAGGCCGGGCGCUUGAGCUGCUCCCUGACGGAGAUCCACACUCUCUUCGCCAAGCACAUCAAGCUGGACUGCGAGCGCUGCCAGGCAAAAGGCUUCGUCUGCGAGCUCUGCAAGGAGGGCGACGUGCUCUUCCCCUUCGACAGCCACACUUCCGUCUGCACCGACUGCUCCGCCGUCUUCCACAGGGACUGCUACUACGACAACUCCACCACCUGCCCCAAGUGCGCCCGGCUGAGCCUGCGCAAGCAGUCCCUCUUCCAGGACUCCGGCACCGAGGCAGAGCCCUAAGGGGGGGGGACACCCGGCUCCACGGCUGUCCCCCCCACCCACCACAGGGCCCUGGGACGGACACGGGCAGCCCCAUGGCUGUUGGGGGGCUGGGGUGGCCCCCCGGCUCUGUGAGGCAGCUGGGACUGGCCAUGGGGAUGGCAGCACUGCUACCCCCGGACACUAUGGGGUGUGGGGGGGUCACUGCCGGACCCCAGCCGCUCCCCGGGGGCAGGGUGAGCCCCGCGGGAGGUGCCGGGACCCGGUGAACGACCCACAGCAGCUCCCGCCAUCCCUGCGCUGAUCCUGCCCGCAGCAUCCGUGCCUGGAACUUGCCCGCUCGGGGCCCGGGGUGCAGGCAGGGCAUGUGGUGCAGGCAGGGCAGGGGGUCCGGUGCUCCGCUGCCUGCAGUCAUGCAGCAUGGGCGAACGUGCCGGCUGAGCCGGAGCGACGGGUGCUGCCGGGAAGGGCGAGUGCCACCGGGAUUCGGCGGAGGAGCCACCCUGAACUCCUCUCGCCGUCUCAGCGGGCAGCCAAAGGCCUGGGCAGGGCGGCGGGAGGCAGGAGCCGGGGGACCCCGUGAACCCCCCCCCCAACACAUACACACACACACUACCGGGAUAACGCUGCUGAUUCUGGGGGAAAACACCCCGUUUCCCCCCCCCGCCCCCCGCAGCACGGCCACAGCCGUUCCCGGGGCUGAGCCCCCGAGGAGGGGGGCUGCGGGAGGGCUGGAGCCGGGCAGGGCUCCGUGCGGGGCCACUGCUCCCCCCCCCCGCGGCCCCCCCGGGUUUCCUGUAGCAUUAACGAGGCCUCU